AUAAAAAUGUUCAACAUACUAUUCUUUGUCGUGUGUUUAGUGGGAUGUGUUACAUGCCUUACAAUGAAAGAAGACUUGGAAAUUGAACAAGAGUUAACGAGGAUUAAUAAAGUUCCCUUAAAGAGUAUCCAUACAAAAUUUGGGGAUAUUGUUGAUUGCAUUGAUAUUUAUAAGCAACCAGCUUUUGAUCAUCCUUUACUCAAAGAUCAUAAAUUGCAGAAAAGACCCAGCUUUAAACUUAAAGCUAAAGAAAAAAGUGAGAAGACUUCAUCAAUUAAAGCUGUAUUUGGGCUUCAAGAAGACAAGUGUCCACCUGGAACUGUUCCCAUUAAAAGAACAACUAAAAAUGAUUUAAUUGGGGGAAAAUCAUAUUUUAACAAUGGUUUGGUUGAACAUACUCAUGGUAACCAUUAUGCAGAAGUCAUAUCAAAGCCUGGAAUUUUUGAAUCGUAUAAUGAAAUUUCUGGAAUAAGUAGUGUUUAUAAUAUUAAUGCUAAAAACGAUCAAACAAGUUCUUCUGUGAUGUAUGUUCGAAAUGGACCUGAUAGCACAAGUUAUAUCGGCAUGGGGUGGCAUGUGGCUCCACAACUAUACAACGAUGAUGCAACUCAUUUGUAUAUCGUAUGGACGACAGAUAAUUUCAAGACAACUGGAUGCUUUAAUUUACAAUGUUCAGGAUUUGUUCAAACUAGUCCACGUAACUAUCUUGGUGGAAGAUUUGAGAAUACAUCUAUUUAUGGUGGACAUAUGAUUGAAAUUACAAUAUCCAUUACUCAGGAUCCUCAAACACAAGAUUGGAUGCUAUUUAAUGAAAAUGAAAUGCUUGGAUAUUUUCCAGCAACAUUAUUCUCCAACUUGAAGUCCGCCCAUCAGGUAGGCUGGGGUGGUAGAACAUCAUCUUCUAAUGGUGGUCCUAGUCCGCCAAUGGGUUCUGGAUAUUUUCCUGAUCACAUAUAUACCCAUGCAAGUUAUUUUAGAUAUGUUACAUAUAAAGUUAAUAACUCUACUGAGACCAUUGAACCCAUGGAAUAUCACUUAGAAGAAGUCUUUGACAAACCUAAAUGUUAUUCUGUUAAAUAUUAUGGAGUAUAUGAGAAUGAAGUUGGACAUUCUCUUCAAUUCGGGGGUCCAGGGGGUAGUUGUGAUUAAUUCAUGUUAUUAUGGGUGAUUUCUUAAAAAAAAAAUUAUUGUUGAAACUUUAAUAUCAAUAAAACUUCAUUUUUGUGAA